GUAAGUCUCUUCCCUCCCAGAUGAGCAUCUGGUCCAUCAGUCCUCUGUCCUCAUCACACCAUGGUCUGUCCUGAUUCCCUGAUCACGGCGCACACAUGCACACACACCUGCAAGCAACUCAGAUAGCGACCGUCCAGCUGGUUCAAUACCGCUGAUUACAAAUGGUAUGAUCGUUCACACUAGCAGGAUGUGAUUCUCCAAUGUGACGUGUCAGUAUGUUUUCAGCGGCAGCGUCAACACGCUUCAGCUGGUUUGGUGAGCGGCACAAAACCCAACACACGAAACCACGCGUUUGAAUUAAUGUGACAUCAAAUACAUUCUAAUUCAGCGCCUGUGCCAGAUUAUCCCUGAGGUAAUGCAGUCCAAGCAGAAAAACCGGCAGUUUAACAGCUCAAAGCACAUCUCGCCGAUACGAUCAGGAGAACAACGUGUAGUCAUGUAUGUUGACAAAACAGUUUCAGAGUCGAUCACUGUCUAUGCCCCAUGCGCAUGACGACCAGAUCAACUGAUCAGUUCAAGUUAACGCUGUAAACUGUAUGGGCAGGGCUCUCCAAUACAGUACUGCAUUGCAACAGAUAGACAUUACUGGCACCAUGUUGACAGAGGUGGUCCUGGCCCUUGUGGUGGGAGCAGUCAUCUACUUCCUGGUCCAGCGGAGCAGGAAGCAGAUUCUAAAGACGGAGGAUGGCUGGUGGGGGGCAGGAGCGCCCCCUGGUGGAAAGGAGGACCAGAGCAUUCGCCCCUUCACGGUCCAGACCAGCGAUGGGGAGAUAGAGGACCUGUACCGCAGGAUCGACCACACAAGGCCUGUGGAGUCUCUGGAGGACAGCCAGUUCAACUACGGCUUCAACUCCAUCUACCUGCAGAAGGUGGUGUCCUACUGGAGGCACGACUUUGACUGGAAGAAGCAGGUGGAGAAGAUCAACAGAUACCCGCACUUCAAAACCAAAAUUGAAGGCAUCGACGUCCACUACGUCCACGUCCAGCCCCGGAGCGUCCCAGAGGGGACCAGCGUGGUCCCCCUCCUCAUGGUGCACGGCUGGCCUGGGUCCUUCUACGAGUUCUACGGCCUGAUCCCGCUCCUGACUGGGACCUCUGACCCCGGCAACCUCUGCUUCGAGGUGGUCUGCCCCUCCAUCCCGGGCUACGGCUUCUCUGAGGCGCCCCGCAAGAAAGGGUUUGACUCGGUGUGUGCGGCCCGUGUGUUUCUAAAGCUGAUGAGGCGACUGGGCUUCCAGCAAUUCUACGCCCACGGGGGGGACUGGGGUUGGCUGGUCACCACAAACAUGGCCCAGCUGGAACCCAAGGCAGUGAAAGGCCUGCAUGUGAACUUCGCCCCCCCCUCCAAGCCGAGCCUUCCCAUGGUCCUGUCCAUCCUGCUGGGCAAACGCUUCCCCAAGCUGUUUGGCUUCACGGACCACGACAUCCGCAGGAUCUACCCCUGCAACCAGAACCUGGUGGUGGAGCCGGUUAAAGAGUCGGGCUACAUGCACAUCCAAGCCACUAAGCCUGAUACUGCAGGCCGGGGCCUGAAUGACUCCCCUGUGGGUCUGGCUGCCUACAUUCUAGAGAAGUUCUCCUCCUGGACGGAUCCUGACUUCAGGAGCCUGGAGGACGGAGGGCUGACCAGGAAGUUCUCCUUGGAUGACCUUCUGACCAACGUGAUGAUCUACUGGAGCUCUGGGUGCAUCGUCUCCUCCAUGAGGUUCUACAAGGAGAACUUCAGCAAGGGCCUGGACCAGCCACACUCCAGGAUGGCGGUGCAUGUACCCACAGGUUUCGCCUGCUUCCCCAACGAGUUGAUGCACAGCCCCAAGCUGUGGGUGCAGCAGAAGUACCCCCAGCUGAGCAGCUACACACUGCAGCCUCGCGGGGGGCACUUCGCUGCCCUGGAGGAGCCCCUGCUGAUGGCCCAGGACAUCCAGAACUUCACCAAGACGCUGGAGAAGAAGAAGUAGCAUAGCAACAACAUAUGUUCCUGUUUCCUGUGUCCUAUUUCCUGUUUUCCAAACAGCCCCAGAUGCCAGGUCAGCAUGCACCGCGUGUUAUGAUAGCCAACCUAGUGAAGUCAAGUGCCAAGUUUUUUUCCCGCUGAUAAACACAGCAGGUCUGUGGAGAGACCUUCACAUUAGCUGUUGUUAUGUGUAACUGUCACCGUAUCGUAUUGCCCAGUGUUUACUGAGAAGCCGUUAUUAGAAGUGUAAUUCCAUGAUUGAUACACAGGAUCAUUGUAUUAUUGAACAACUCUUAUUGUGAAGCAUUGUCAGCUCUUAUUGUGAAGCUUUGUACUGGUAAAACCAAACCUUUUGCUUUGUCUCUUUUUCUUAAACAAUAUCUAUAGUUAAGGACAAUAUAUCUCUGAUCACAUCAGUCCUGAAUGACUUAAAUAGUACAUUUUCUUUCUUGGCCAUGUUGCUUUUUGAUAAUUUUAGCACUAAUAAACACAACUGAGAUUCAUCCAUUUCUGUUUUUAUAUAUUGAUUUCUAGGCUCAACUGAAACAGGCUAGAUUAUGCUACGCUAGUCCAGACUCGUUACUCGUCUCAGAUAGACUAGCAGCCCUAACCUUAACCCCAACCCCAAUCCUAGCAGCCCUAAUCCCAACCCUACACUAGUUCAGGCAAGGCUAUACUAGUUUAUGCUCAGUCAGACUCAGCUAGGCCAGGCUAAUUUAAAAUAGGCUAGGUGGGGCAGGCUAAUCCAGUCCAGCCUAGGGCAGGGCAGUCUUAACUAGUCCAGACUAGGCUAGGUUCAGCUGCAGAUCCAUGUCCUGGUGUUUCCCAAGCCCCUGCAUCCUGCCCUGGAAACCCUCC